AUGGCUUUCUGCACCGUCCUGCGAGCCUACGGGAACUUCUUGUUUUCAUCUGGGCAGCCUCUCUACAAGUGGCGGCACAUCUGUGCCUACUUUCAGAAGGAGAAUUUGCUGCUGCGUCCUUACAUGCCUCUAUGUUGGGACUUAGUGACCAGAUGGGAACGGGUGUGCCCAACGGCCCACAGAACUCCGAUUCCUCAUGCCCUGGCUAAAGCCGUCAUUUCUGUUGCUUUGAGCUUUGGCUGGCCUCGCUUUGCUGCUGUGGUUGGGCUCUCGUUUUGCGGAACGGCUCGCGUGGGAGAGCCUCUGCUGGCGAGGCGCUCUGCGGUGUUGCUGCCCCAAGACCUCUUGCUUGACGACCUGCCGACUUGUUAUGUCCGGGUCGAGGCUCCGAAGUCGGCCAAUCGUGGCACUGGCAAGGUGCAGCACUUUGUGGUGAGGCAAGCUGUCUUCGUAGACUUUCUUUCUCGGCUGUUGGGACGCCUUCCGCUGGAGGAGAAAAUCUUCGCGGCUACUGCCUCUACGUUCCGCAGGCGCUGGGAAACAAUCCUGCAGGCUUUGGGCGUACCGCGGUACACAAAGCUGACGCCGGGAGGGCUGCGCGGCGGCGGUGCAGUUUUCUUGUAUCAGAUGAAUACGCCGAUUCAUGAUCUGUUAUGGCGCAUGCGGCUACGUUCUCAAGCUACGCUUGAAAGCUACCUCCAGGAAGUAGCAGCAGCUAGUGUGCUGCCCUCGCUGCCUUCUGCAGCGUUGAAAAGAAUAGCCGCAGCUUCCAGUCUGUGCGACGUUCAGCUGCGACUGUACUCUGCCUAG